AUGGUUAUUGAUUCUGGUAUACGGUUGUACUAUUCCAAGUACAAUCCCUGUUUCCAAUUGUAUGUCACAAGAUCAGAUCAAGGUUUAGCGGUGUACAGGAUAAAGGAUUCAUCACAAUUGGCACAUAUAUUUAUUAAAGAUUUUGACACUGUAGCAGGCUAUGAGUGGGAUAAUUACAGUGGUAGAUUUAUUUCAGUGUUCCUCACUGAUGGUACGAUCAGGAUUUAUGAUAUCUUUAAAAACGGUAGAUUAGUAUCAUACAUUCGAAGUAGCUCACAAAAAAAUGUGGAUUCAUGCUUAUGGGAUCGAGCAGAGUUUUCAAUCCCUUCUAAGCUACAAUUGUUUGAUUCUAAUAUCAUAGAAUGUUUGCCUACCCUAAUCAAGUUUGUUAAGGAUUCUAGGAAUAUUAAUAUCAUUGAUUAUUAUCCGCCAAAUCAUUCAUGGAGACAUGUUGAUAAAGAAUCUCAAGAUACAGAUAAAGAAAUUGAUUUUAGGAAUCUAUUAGAUGUUCAUAUACAGCAUAAUCCCAAUGAAGAUAAUUUUACAAUUAUACUAAAUGGUGUAUAUGAAAUUAAUGGUAUAGUAAUGCCGGAUAUUUCUAAAUCAGAAGUUUAUCAAUUGUUAAAAUUACACAAUGGUGAAUACAUGUCAUUUUAUAAAAAUGGUCACUACAGAAAAAUCAAUUUUAACAAUUUGCUUUCCUGUAAUGUCAGCAAUGGGCUAUUGAGUAACAUUUUGGAAAUAAGAAAUUUGAAUAGGUAUGUCAAUGAUCACCUGGAUUUGAUCAAAAGAGAAUUAAUCAUUCCUUAUUCUGACUUUGUUAAAAAAAUUUGUAUUGAUGCAUAUGCAGGAGGAAUGACAAAGCUGAAUGAUGAAUUAGAAUCGCUGCUAUUGACAGGUGAAAUUAAUAAUGAAUUUAAAGAUUGGUUAGUAAAUAUUAUUGGUGAUAGAAAUGGUAAAAAAUGGAGGAAAUUAGGAAUGGAUAUGUUUGAAAAAAUAGUAAAGAUAUUGACAUUAGCUAUAAUACCAAGUUGUGAAAGGUUUAUGAUAUAUCUGGAGAGAACGGAUGGUUAUUUGAAUGGAUAUAUGAAAACUGAUACCGAUUUCUAUGAUAUAAUAUCAUUAAGGGAAUAUUUCUCUAAACUUAUUAGAAAUUCUAUAACUAUUAUUAAUUCAUUGAAUAAUCAAUUGAAAUAUUUUGAAAUAUUUUCUGAAUGGAUUAAUGAUAAAAUUAAUGAAAUCACUGAUGAAGAUUAUAAAAAUAGGGUUUUG